AUGAAGCUCUUAAACACACCAAAGACAUACAAUGUCUACUUUCUCGCCAUGAUUGCUACUAUGGGCGGGAUGCUCUUCGGAUUUGAUAUUUCGUCUAUGUCCGCCAUCAUAGGGACUAAGCAGUACAUUGAUUAUUUCGACAAUCCCCAUGGUGUGAUUCAAGGUACAAUCGGCUCUGCUCUUGCCGCUGGCUCUAUAUUUGGCAGCAUUAUCGCUGGUCCUAUAUCAGACAAGAUUGGCCGGAGAGACUCAGUCAUGUUUGCCUGUCUAUGGUGGCUCGUCGGCACCACUAUCCAAGUGGCUUGCAAUGGGCGCGGAAUGCUCAUUGCUGGACGCGUACUCAACGGCGUCACAGUUGGCAUUACCUCGUCCCAAGUUCCAGUCUAUCUCGCCGAGAUCGCAAGACACGACAAGCGCGGCGCCAUCAUCCUCAUCCAGCAACUCGCCAUCGAAUGGGGCAUCCUUAUCAUGUACUUCAUCGGCUAUGGAUGCUCCUUUAUCCCAGGCAACGCCUCAUUUAGAACUGCUUGGGGCAUCCAGUUCGUCCCAUGCGUGCUUCUCAUGUGUGGACUGCCAUUCCUUCCCAGAUCUCCUCGCUGGCUCGCCAAAGUCGAUCGCACGGACGAAGCGAUCCAUAUACUUGCGAAAAUUCAGGCUGGUGGGGACACACAAGAUCCCAUGGUCAUUGCCGAAUACGAGGAAAUCGUCGCCGUUCUUGCAGCCGAAAGGCUUGCUGGCAAAGGCUGGAAGAAAUUCUUUCGCAACGGCAUGUGGCGAAGGACCAUGGCUGGCUUCACCGUGCAAGCAUGGCAGCAAUUGAGCGGCGCCAACGUCAUGACCUAUUACAUCGUCUACGUGUUUCAAAUGGCCAAUCUUACGGGUAACGUGAACCUAAUCUCGUCGGGUGUCCAAUACGCACUCUUCAUCAUUUUCACCACAAUCAUGUUCUUUAUGGUUGAUAAGAUUGGCCGACGGCCAUUACUCGUGUAUGGCGCGCUCGGUAUGGGCAUUUGCCAUUUCGUUGUCGGCGGAACCCUUGGUGCCCACUACGAAUACGUCCCUGGUAUGUCAUUUCAUCUUAUAUCUUCCUAUGCAGGGGGAGUGGACGGCAACCUGAACGUCUUAAUGAGAGUGACGGGAAGUGCAUCGUACACCGUCAUUGCUUUCUGCUACAUUCUCAUCAUCAUCUACGCCCUCACCCUCGCGCCCAUCUGCUGGAUCUACGCCGCCGAAGUCUGGUCUCUGGAAACCCGCGCAACAGGCAUGGGUAUCUCAGCUGUGGGCAACUGGCUCUUCAACUUUGCGCUCGGCCUCUUCAUCCCGCCGGCAUUUCGAAACAUUCUGUGGAAGUCGUUCAUCGUCUUUGGCGUGCUUUGCCUCGGCGCGGCUGCUCAGUUCUACUUGACGUAUCCUGAGACAUGCGGAAAGACAAUCGAGGAGAUCGAGCUGCUGUUCUCCAAGGAUGGACCACAUGCAUGGAAGACUAGCAAGGGCAACUCGCGUCUGGAUGCGGAGAUUGCGGAGGUCAGACGGGCCCAAGAGAAGGGAGCAAGAAAUGUCAGCAUCACUUCAGUGAUUGAACGAGAGAGGCUGGCUAUGAUUGGUGCCAAGGGGAACAAGGAGCAACCGAUAAAGGAGCAAACGGUUGAGGAGAAGGAAACCGUCUAGGAGGCAGAAUCUGAAGGCAUCUUAGCUCUUAAUAGGGCAAGACUUGUUAUGCGAAUUACUAGCUUUGGU